CUUUCUUUGGUAGGCACUCCAUGCUGCCCCGUCACAUGCAGAGGCUGGGCAGAGACUGGAUCGCCCACUGGAAUGGUUCUCAGAUACUUGCCUUGAACAGCCCAGUUUCCAACUGUAUGAGAUGGGCCGGACACUAUCCCUGGGCCUCGUUUCCACUUCCUGUUCCAGUUGAUCUCUCAACAAACUGGAGAGUUCCUCCAUUUUUUGGACCUUGGAGACAAUUUCAAAACUCUAAUUGGCAGCUUGAUAACUUCACGCAAAGUUCUUGCUUUCACCUACCUAACCCCAGUAUGAAAUCUGAGGGAGAAGAACCAUUGACAAAGAAGAGAAGACUCAGUGGCCAGCAUGAUACUUCGACUCCUGAAGAAGAAACAAACUUCACUAAUCAGAAGGAAGCAUUGUGUCUUUCUGUAACACAGAAUGAAGAAAAACAUAGCAGCAAGAAAGGAACAGUCAAAAGACACUGGGAGUAUUUCUGUCAACAUAGUAGGACGACGAAAAUCUGUGAAAAUAAAGAAACUGACCAAAGCAAUGCAGAAAGUGAGGCAAAAUUUGAUUUUACAGUCAUGUCCUACAAUAUCCUCUCACAGAAUUUGUUAGAAGAUAACUCCCACCUGUACAAACACUGCAGGCAACGCUUGUUAAUCUGGACAUACAGAUUUCCCAACAUCCUACAAGAAAUCAGACAGCUGGAUGCAGAUGUACUCUGUUUACAAGAAGUCCAAGAAGACCACUAUAGAACAGAGAUCAAGCCAAGUUUGGAAUCCCUGGGGUAUCACUGUGAGUAUAAAAUGAGGACAGGGAGAAAACCUGAUGGCUGUGCUAUUUGCUUCAAAACUUCCAAAUUUAGCCUGAUCUCAUCAAACCCCGUGGAGUUUUUUCGCCAUGAUAUUCCGCUCUUGGACAGGGACAACGUUGGACUGGUGUUGCUUUUGCAGCCUAGAUUUCACUGUAAAACUAAUGCUGCAGUCUGCAUAGCCAAUACGCACCUGCUGUAUAACCCAAGGCGAGGGGACAUCAAACUGACCCAACUUGCAAUGCUCCUGGCAGAGAUUGCUAGUGUUGCCCCUCAGAAGGAUGGUAUCUUCUGUCCCAUUAUCAUCUGUGGUGACUUCAAUUCUGUUCCUGGUUCUCCACUGUACAGAUUUAUAAAGGAAGGGAAGUUAAAUUAUGAAGGACUUGCUAUAGGGAAGGUCUCUGGACAAGAACAGUUUCCAAGGGGACAAAGAAUCUUAUCCAUUCCAAUUUGGCCAAAAAAAUUAGGUAUUUCGCAAAACUGUGUAUAUGAAAUAAAACAGCAACAAAAAGAAGAAGAUGCAGGAGAAAAAUUGGAAGCAGCAAAACUGGACAAUGCUCAGGAGAUUGUAAUAGCGCCUGAAAA